AUACCAGCUUUUGCUUCUUUAUAGAGGCUAAAUACCAUCGUAGGCCUAUCCACUCUCAUUUGCAAGCAGGCAGUUAGGCUUGUUAGUGUGAAGGGAGAGAAAUAAGAGAAUACAGGAUGCCUUCCUCAAUUGCAGUGGUGUUUGACAACCCUUCAGCAGUGUAUUUCUCUGGGCAAAGCAUCACUGGUCAUAUUAAUUUGACCUGUGACAAACCUAAAUCAUGCAGAGGCAUUGAGGUGAAAUUCAAAGGCUUUGGAAAAGUACACUGGACAGAGCGUCGGACAACGGGUACGGGCGAUGACAGAAAAACAGAAACAAGACAUUAUACCAGUCAUGAAACCUAUUAUGAAAUGGCCUAUUGGGUCUGGGGAAAUGGUCACACUCAGUCAGAGCUUCCCCCUGGCACACACAUAUUCAACUUCAAUUAUGUGCUUCCCACUGGAAUUCCAUCAUCCUUUGAGUCCCACAUUGGCAAAGUGCGUCAUCAGUGUAAGGCCACGAUGGAUAUACCCUGGAAGACUGACAAGACUUGCCUCAGACCAUAUUCUGUCAACACUUUGUAUGAUCUCAAUACAGAUCCGCAAGCUGUGUUGCCGAUAGAAUGCACCAAGCACGACUAUGCCUGCUGUCUAUGGUGUAGGAGUGGGCCUAUGUCACUAGUGCUGCGAAUUGAUCGUUCUGGAUUUGUUCCUGGGGAAAAGAUAAUGAUCAAUGCUGAAUGUUCAAAUAUGACCAAAAAUAAGAUUAAUUCUACUAAGGCUGUGAUAAACCAAACUAUAACUUACUAUGCAGAAGGAAGUCGCAAGAGAGAGUCUAGAAAAGUAGCGGAAAUCAAGAGACCCGAGAUCAAACCAGGUGAUGAUGACAUCUGGAGUGGUGUUGAGAUGCUUAUCCCUUCUCUUCCACCCUCCCAUCUGGAAUUUUGUCGCAUCAUUGACAUCGAUUAUGAAUUUAAGUUUGAAAUGGAUUGCUCUGGGUGCCACACAGACCUAGAGUACAAGUCACCACUGGUAAUAGGUUCUAUACCUCUGAAGCAGUACUUCAGCUCGUUUAUGCUGGCACCUGUUUCAUAUCCAGGUCAACCAAUUGGUGCUCCUGGCCAGCCUCCCAUACCAGGUUAUGUUCCUGCUCCUGGUCAGGUCUCUGCGCCAGGCUUUGUUCCUGUUCCUGGACCAGGGUUCUUUCCUGGUCAGCCAGGUGCUCCUGGUUACCCAGGUCAGCCAGGUGCUCCUGGUUACCCAGGUCAGCCAGGUGCUCCUGGCUACCCAGGUCAGCCAGGUGCUCCUGGCUACCCAGGUCAGCUACCACCUUCUGGCUACCCAGACAAUCCUACUGCACUAACAUUCCCUGGUCAGCUUCCAUACAACCCUAACAUCCCACCUGCAGAUUAUUCUGGACCAGUAACCCCAUCUGCGCCCACAUUCCCAGGCAUGCAGCAGUACCCAGGAAUGCCUCUGCCAACUUACAACCAGUGUAUGUUUGGAGUAAUGAAGUACAAUGAAGGCGACAGUGAGGAGGAAAACCACGAUCAGAAUGACUCAAAAUUUGCUCCUCAUUAUGUCUCCUAUACACUAGCCAAUUCAAAACAUCAGCAAUCAGGUGGUGAUGUCACGGCAGCAGUUGUUGAUGUAGUUGCAACAGCUAAUGUGCGACUGAGUAGUACAAGCAGCAGCUCAAGCAGUGAACAUUGUUCUGGAGUGGAUAAAGCACCAUUCAUCAUUCACCACCAAGACCAUCAUUCUCACUCAGACUUUGAGCAUGAGCACGAGAGUCACCAGCCAGAAGCCAAGCCAGUACACAAGUCUCAUAGUAACAGCUGCAGUGAGGCUGGGUCAGACCCUGCACCAAUAGCCAAGCCAGAGACCAAGUCUAGCAGCAGUAGCAGCAGCAGCAGCAGCAGUGAGACUGAACCAGAACCAGAGCCAGAGCCUGAACCAGAACCAGAGCCUGAACCAGAACCAGAGCCUGAACCAGAACCAGAGCCUGAACCAGAACCAGAGCCUGAACCAGAACCAGAGCCUGAACCAGAACCAGAGCCUGAACCAGAACCAGAGCAUGAGUAAAAGGAAGUAACUUUUACAUUGAAAGUUUGUCAUGGUUUACUCAGCAUUUUGGACUAGGACAUUUGUUCUUUGUACAUGUGGUGGUUUUUAAUUAUAUUUUUCCAUGAAUGUGGAUACAUAUUAGUUUGCAGUUUUCUUGUAGCACAUGUGAAAAGAUUAUGAUCCAUUAUUACUUAGGGACUGGGUAUAGUUGUCUUGAAUUGGUAGGUAACAUUUUAUAAUUUUUUUCACAAUUGUGUUCAACUGCAAUUUGAGUUACCAUCACAAUUUUUGAGAAGGCCUUAUUAUUAUUAAAGUUGUACAUAUUCUCAUUUAUGUUUAUAAUUUUUGAUAGCAAAAAUAUUUUAUUUUUGCAAAAUCAAGAUUUGCAGCAUAGCUGAAUUUUUAUAUGUAUGUAUGUAUUGGCUUUAAAUGUACUCUCAAUUUUAAGGAGUUGAAGUAAUUGAUGCAGUGUGGCUCUCUGUUGUUUAAUUCAUGUAAUUAGUGAUUUUAAGUUUUGUUAAAUAUUAAGCAUUUGCUAGAUUGAAUAAUUUUGUGUUGAAGUGUAUAUAUUGUACCACUCAGCAGUAUUAUGUACUAUAUUUACAAAUUUUUUUAAUAUCAUUUGAUUAGUUAUUUAGGUCUUGCUUUCGUGAAAAUAAAUUUGAUAUAAUUUACUUUUAAUUUUCUCUGUGCUGUAUCUGAUUCUCUGUUCUACCCAGGAUCUCUCCUCUGAGGGGAUGGCCUUGAUGGAGAGUCUUCAAUACAAGCCUUCCUGUAUAUUAUUCUCAUCUAUUCUAUUCUAUUUCACUCUCAUGGAACACUUCAUGUACAUGCUACUUUAAUUAGCAACUCUUGAAAUCGUAAUGAUGCAGUUGUUAACGACUCAUCGUACAGAGGGUUCAGACUCAUGGCAUUGUCCAGUGGAUAGAACACUGACCAUGGGUUUGAACCCUCCAUUUGAUGAGUCCUCUACUUACCUUUUCAUGUUGUUGGUUGUCUACUUAUUGCUGUAUGCCCUUGUACCUCACACCUGUAUAUCCUACUUGCACUUGUCACAGCUGUAAUUUGCCUCGUGCAGUCAUUGUCAGAUACAGCAUGUCUUGUCCAUUUAUUUAUUUCAUGUUGAGUAUUUUUUAGCCAUCUGAAUAAUCUUGGCUCUUCUUUGCAUCUUUAUUACUCGCACAACGAAAGGUUUGGACCCAGGACUAAGCCACUCCUAAAUCUAGCAGGCCAGUAUGUUAUCCACUGCACCAUGCCAGUCGAAUAAGAUUCAUCAAACUGGGUGUAUUUCUGUACACCACAAAUUCAAGUUUUUACAGAAUAAUACAGAAAUACUGCAGGGAAAACCAGUUAGAUCCUAAAGUAAGAGUAAAUAAACGAGAAACGUGCUAUGUUUAAAAAAAAAGACUGCAGGACAGAUAAGCAACUAGCCAUGGCUGGUUGCUUAUCUCCCUUGUGACUUUCUUAGAAAUCUUAUUUCAGUAAUCAGAAUUAAAGACAUGUCUCAUUCUAUUUCUAUUUCACUCUAACAAGUCACAUCUGAAAGGAGCAUACUGUCCUGCAGUCUUUUUUUUAACAUAGCACGUUUCUCGUUUAUUAACUUUUACUUUAGGAUCUAACUGAUUUUCCCUGCAGUAUUUCUCCCCUUUGUUCCAUAUCUGCAUAAUACCAUACUGACCCUAUAAAUUGCAUUCUUCUGCUUAAUCCAGUUAUUCUUCACUUUUCAUAGGUUAUGUGCAUAGGUUGACUACUGACAUUUUCCAAGUUUUUUUAAUUUUUCAUGUAUCACAUUUGCAAAUGUACUCUAAUUUUUGAGGGCCUUUUAAAAAGGGUCACUGGUUUUUGGCAAAAAAAAGUAUUCAGGCCUAAACUUGAAAAUAAAAGGAUGCCAUAAAUGGAGUAGUGUUGACCCCAUAUAUAUACUGCGUUAAACUCUACCCUACACAAAAGAUUUCUACAGUACUGCUAUAUAUCACUGUAUAAUAUUGUAGUGCAUAUAGAAAAUAUAAAUUAGAAUGAUGCAUGUUAAGACAGUGGGAAUUGUGGUGGAGGUUUUAUGUGGGUGGUUUAGUGUUGUGCAAGUGGUAGCUCUUUCUUUUAUAUAAUCUUAAUUCUUUAAUAUCCUCUUUCCUUUCCCAUGGCCAUAAUUGAAGAGCAUGUUGACAUAGCACAAACCCUUAAACAAAAUUCUUUAAGAAAAAUCCCUGUUGAUAUCUAACACUGGUCUCAUGAAUUAUACACCACCUUUUAAUUUCCCCCUCUCUCCUUUAAUAUUUCCAAUACAUUGCCCUUCAAAGAUCAAACACUUAUUAUACUAUACAAGGUUGGUAAGUCACCAUCCAGGAAGGUACUGCUGUUUUGUCAUGAAUGUGAAACCAAAUACCUGUUAAGCAUUUGGCAUUCUGGGAGGAUUGUGUGUCUUCCACCUCAUGAACAUUUAAGAGGAGCAAUGUUACAAAAUUCUACUUGUUUAGUGUACACUAAUUGGCAGUUUGGAGGGAUAUGUUGUGUAUCUUUAUAUGUGUAUGCUUCUAAACUGUUGUAUUCUGAGCACCUCUGCAAAAACAGUGAUAAUGUGUGAGUGUGGUGAAAGUGUUGAAUGAUGAUGAAAGUAUUUUCUUUUUGGGGAUUUUCUUUCUUUUUUGGGUCACCCUGCCUCGGUGGGAGACGACCGACUUGUUGAAAAAAAAAAAAUAAUCUUUAUUUUCCUGUGUGUUGUGUAUUACAAAACAGACCAGAAAAUAAAGAUUAGUGUACAAUAAAUAAGUAGAAGUUUGUAAGAUUGCUCCUGUUCAAUGAUCAUGAGAUAGAAGACACACACACUCCUCUUGCUAUAAUAUAGCCUUCCCAGUUAAGCAGGCCUGGUCUGAGACCAAGCUGCAGUGGUAAUGACCUCUGUAACCAUUAUUAUUAUUAUAAUCAUAACUAAGGGCUAAACUCACAAGGGUCAUACAGCGCUGACCUGUAACCAUUAACCGAAACUCAGUGAAUCCCAAAUUUUUUCAUUUCUUUUUUUCCAUGUUUAUUCUAUUUACAAAAGCAUAAGCAUACAUGAUGAUGGCUCAUUUUCUCCUACCUUACAUUCAACUUCCAUAUUUCUUGAUAAUUAUUAUUAUAAUCAUGAAGUGCUAAAUCAGUAAGUGUUAAACAGCGCUUGGGGAAUGAGAUGUUAUCAGAUUUCAUCUGAGGAAAGGGAGGGCAGCUCCAACAUCAUGGAUCAAGAGAACAUUACCAGCAUCAAGGCACCCUCCUAAAAGGAACACUCGCAAGCUAUCAUACAGUGUCAUACUCUUUGCAAAGACAAAGUAGCCAUCCCCUUACUAACUCUUCAGCUGUAUUCUUCUUUUAAUGAUUUGUCAUACUAAUACACUAGCCAACAAAUUGAAUUUUUUUUAUCCAGUUCAGAAACCAAAUUGGUUGUUUUAAGCUAAUUUUGAUGUGUUGAUAUGAAUCUGAGCCUUAGUCUGUAAUAUAAGUUUUUAAAUUUUAUGAAUAUUUUGGUUAUUUAAGGUUGAAGAACUACAUGAUAUAUGUUGUCUUACAAUCAUAGGUAUUAUAUCAUUCAUAUUGUUAUUAUAAUCAAAACCAAGCACUAAACCCACAAGGGUCAUGCAGUGCUGCUGGGCAGGGUAUGACUUGCUUGAUUAGAGACUAGUGAGGGUGGAGAGGAUAACAGAGGUAGAGGUAGAGAUAGCUGUGAGAAAUGCUAAAGGAAGUACCAUCAAAGUUUGUGUAAUAAAUCAGUUUUUGUCAAAACAAUCAAAGAGGGAAUCUGUGUUGAAGGCGGCGCCAUCAGCGAAGAGGGAAGAUAAAGUAGGGGUGUUAGAGCGGUGAUGACAUAGGAAAUAAAUUAUGCAUGCUCAUUGAUAUUAAGUGUGGUGCAUUAUAUUUGCAAACUGAUAAAUUUCCACACAAUCAUGUAAAUGUAUUUCCAUCAGGCUUUUUCACUUGUGUUGAGUAUGGCUCUCCCACAUCAGUUUCUACCACAGCACAAGUGAACCAUCAAGCUGAUUGUUGAGUUUUUCCUAAUAUAUCUUUUCCAUGAUGGCUUUCUUCUUCUUCUUUCAACACACCGGCUGUAUCCCACCGAGGCGGGGUGGCCCAAAAGGAAAAACGAAAGUUUCCCCUUUUACAUUUAGUAAUAUAUAUACAGGAGAAGAGGUUACUAGCCCCUUGCUCCCGGCAUUUUAGUCUCCUCUUACAACACACAUGGCUUAUGGAGGAAGAAUUCUGUUCCACUUCCCCAUGGAGAUAAGAGGAAAUAAACAAGAACUAGAAAGAAAAUAGAAGAAAACCCAGAGGUGUGUGUGUAUAUAUAUGCUUGUACAUGUAUGUGUAGUGUGACCUAAGUGUAAGUAGAAGUAGCAAGACAUACUUGAAAUCUUGCAUGUUUAUGAGACAGAAAAAAGACACCAGCAAUCCUACCAUCAUGUAAAACAAUUACAGGCUUUUGUUUUACACUCACUUGGCAGGACGGUAGUACCUCCCUGGGCGGUUGCUGUCUACCAACCUACUACCUAGGAUGAUGGCUUUAUCUUAGUGAAAUCAUUCACUGUGGGGAUCUAUUUCAGAGAAACUGUAAAUAUUAGAGCAAAACUAAGUUCAGAUUUGAAUUCACCAUCCUAAAAUUAGUUUGAAAAUUUUUUAAAUGUUAACUGAAACCAUUGUUGGCCAGUGUUAUUUAUAUCCUUAUUUUCAUCAGUUAAAUAAUUAAGUAUAUUGGAUACAUUUUUUGAUAAUUUUUUAAAGCUGCUCUGUGUCAUUUUUUUUUAUUAAAAUACAUCUCUGAUAAUCAGUAGAUGUUAUUAUUAUUAUUAUUAUAAGCAAAACUAAGCACCAACCCACAAGGGUCAUACAGCACUGUAAGAUGUUAUAAUAAGUUAAGUUUUGUAUCAGGAGCAAAUACCUCAUUUAAUUGUAAUAGAAGCUUUCUAAGUGUGUCAUUCUAAAAUUUAUUAAUGGCAUUUUACAAUAUUUUUUUACUGGCACUGAUUUCCUCAGGUUAUAAACCUUUGUUGUGGACUUCAGUAAUAAAUCUUGUAUAAUUUUGCUAUGAGAAUGUAAUCAGAUUCUUCAUGUUUAUUGAGGCGAAGGGUUAUAACAUGGAACUAUCCCAGUGGCAUUCAAUAUCUGUGGUCUUAGGAGAUUCUCAUCUAGAUGAUAUGGAUCCAAAAUUUGUUGGUUCCUUUGCUUAAAAUUCCAUAAUUCUCUCUCUCUCAAGUUCUGUGGGAGCAUCUUCCUGACUAGUUCACUAGAAUCAAUGCUUAGAUGAGACUGGAGGUACUGCAAUGCAUCUUGCAGUACCUCCAGUCCACUGGAGGUACUGCAAGAUGGAGGUCCACAGUUUAUUGUGGACCUCUAGUUUCCUUCAUUCUUGUUCUGUGAAAUUGGUAAUGGCAUCAUUGGAACCCAGUGACGCCCAAAGCAAGAUCUUGUCGGUAAGGAGAGAGGUGAUGAUUGAAGAUUCUAGUAGGCAGGAUCUCACUUCAGUGAUAGUUUACUGCCUCAGUGAGAUAAUUUCACAUUUGGAAUGGUAUAAAAACCUACCUACCUCUAUCUCUUUCUAUAUUUCUCUAUCUGUAUCCCUCUCUCUCUAUCUCUAUAUCUUUGUUGGCCCAGAAAAGCUUGGAAGGAGGUGGUAAAGGAGGGUUUGUGGGUGAGGGGCUUGGAUUUCCAGCAAGUGUGCGUGGUAGCUUUAGAUAGGAGUGAAUGGAGACGAUUGGUUUUUGGGACCUGACGAGCUGCUGGAGUGCAGGGUAAUAUUUUGUGAAGGGAUUCAGGGAAACUGGUUAGCCAGACUUGAGUCCUGGAAAUGGGAAGUACAGUGCCUGCACUUUAACCCUUUCAGGGUCUGUGCCGUAGAUCUACGGCUUUACGUUGAGGGUCCAAACCGUAGAUUUAUGCCAUGAGCUCAGCUCACUCUGAUAAGUUGUGAGUGGUAAAUUUGGGCCUAGAUAGGAGAGAAUACAUCUAUAUGGUAUGUGUGCACCACAUAAAACAAAUCCUGCAGCACACAGUGCAUAAUGAGAGAGAAAACUGAGACCGUAAUUUUCGAUUAAAACAGCAAUUUUGCAGUGUUUUUUUUGUAUGUUUUUUACAGUUGUAUUUGCAAUUUCUUGGUCUCAAUUAAUAGAAUGGAAGAUAUAUUACAGAAAUAGAGAUGAUUUUGAUUGGUUUUAGUACUGAAAAUGGCUUGAAACUGAGCUCAAAGUAGCAGAAAUGUUAAAUUUUUGCCAAUGUUCAAAAGUAAACGAAUGACCUCACACGUCUAAUACCCACCAGCUGAUGGGUCUAAUGUACAUUCACAAAUGUGCUGAUAUUAUAUAUAUACAAUUAUUACAAUAUUGCAUGACAGUAAAUCUUCUAUUUUUUGGUUUGAAUAAAAAUUCAUGAUGUGAAUUAAAAAUCAAAAUGAAAUUCAUUUGUAAAGCCUGAAAACGUAACUAAUGAACAGAGGAUAUGUUAGUUUAGUGCCAGGAAUGUCUGCAUUGUUUAUUCUUGACCCUAUUUUGAAAUUGGAAUAUUUUGAACUUUGCACUAAAUUGGCCAAAUUACCGAUUUCCAGUCACUCGAUAGAAUAGAAGUAAUACUAGUGAAAUAGCUAAGAAUUUGAUUGACUGGAAUAAGAUAAUUGGCCUAAAAUGGGAGUCAAAGUCAGCAAAAUCGCCGAUGCGUAAGUAUCGCUGACACGUCAAAAUUCGAUAGAGCAUAAUUUCAUCAAUUUUCCAUCAAAUUUCGUACCUUUUGUUUUAUUACCUUCAGAAAAAGGUUCUCUACCAUUUCAUAAGAAAAAACAAAACAAAAUUAUUUUUUGAAAAUUCUUGGACACUGUUGCACACUUUGAAAUUUGGCCUCUAGACCCUGAAAGGGCUAAAGGAGGGGUUUGGGAUAUUGGCAGUUUGGAGGGACAACUGAGCUGUCAUAUGUGGGUGCCUCUGCACAAACAGUGAUUAUAUAUGAGUGAUGAUGAAAGUGUUGAAUGGUGAUGAAAGUAUUUGUUUUUGGGUUUUUCUUUUUGGGUCACCCUGCCUUGGUGAGAAACAGCCGACGUGUUAAAAAAAAAAAAUAAAAAAAAUAUAUAUAUCUAUAUAUGUCUCUCUCGCUCUCUUUUCUGACUUCACCAGUUUAAGAUCAGAUAGCAGGUGGAGUUUUUUAAUGUCAAAGUGCCAUCAUCUAGAUACCAGAUAUUUAGUUUGCUUGCCAAUCUGCUGGCAAUUUCUUCAGUUGUCACGCAAAAGAUGAAUUGAGUGAUAGUGUAUCGUACCCCUGCUGGACCUCCUGAGAGAUGGUGACAUUUUUGAAGUCUAGGCUUAAUGCAUACAUUACUACUGUAUGUUCAGGUUGAUAAUCAAUAUCCUGUACUAGGACCUUUUGUGUUUGGGAGAGGGAGGGGAAUGUUAUAAAAAUAUGAGAUUUAUUAUUGGGUGAUAAUAUUCUUAAUUAAGAGGUUUUCUGAAUUGAAAUAAUAAAUUAUCAUCUUUUUUUAAAAUCAGUGUCCAGUUUAUAUUAUUCAGAACUUUCUAUAAUUCAUGCAAACUCAUCCAUCUUAAUGAAAAAGAAAUAAUGGCAUUAUUAUCAUCAGUACUAAUUGCUGCUGCCAACCACUGUGAUUGACAGUACACCAUUCAUCUGUGCAUUAGUAAGUCAGUGUAAACUUAAUUUGUGCUAAUCAGUCAUUACCUUGAGUUUGAAACUGUUUACUGGCCACUUAGAAGUUCUUAUUUUUGCUACUUAUUCAUGAGUCACAUGUGCUUCAGCACAUCAUAAUUAUACAGUUCAUAUGAACAGUAUUUAAAAUUAAGCAACAAUGAUAUGAUAGCUGUAAAGUAACAGAAGUAAAAAUUAAUGGAAGAUGGAAAAAGGAGACAUAGGUUUAGAUUCACCGUACAUAUCCCGUUUCCACGGGAAUAGGGUUCAACCUGGAAUCUCCUUGUCCACCCGUCCAUUCUUCCGUCCAUUGCAUAAAGACUUUUACACAAUUCCUUGUACAUGUCAGUGGCAUGUAUAAGGCAUUAUUGCUUGUACAUAUUCAGUUUUUUACUUUAUUGCUAUUUGAUUGUGGAGAAAGGUUAGAUUAAGUUGUUGAAUAAUUUGAAAAAAUUGUUAUGUGAGACUAGGCAUCUAUUCAUUUUGGGUAGAAUAGAGUGUUUCAAUACAUGUGACCUUCCAAGUGGGAGGCUAAAACUCCAGAAUAUGUCAGGAUCUUCCAGUCAUUUCCAAAAUAUUAAUUUUUGUUAUUUUUAUCAUGGGUGAGCACUAAACCCAUAGGGAUUAUAGAGUGCCUGUGUGGGGGGAUGGGGGGGGGGUCGGAAGGCAUUCAGGCUUAAUUCAGGAAAUUGGAACAUUGAUCCAAUUCUCUAGAUCAAGAGCCCCUCACCAGCAUCAAGGAACCUCCCUUGAAGGCUCCAGAAUAUUAAAUCUUUGGCUUAUUCCUGAACUCCUUCAAUAUGAAACUCAAUAUGAACUCUGGGAUUCAUUAUUUAUCAUGUGACUGAUUGUAAUGUAAAAUAAAAUUUUGUAGUUUUGUCUAUUAAAUGAGCAAACAAUUUUUUUCUGAAUUUUAAAAUUACAGUGGAACCCCGAAUAUCGGCUGCUGCGUUUAUCAGACAAAUUGUAUUUAGGCCAGUUUUUGGGAGGAAAUUUUGCUCCAUAUUUUGGCCAGUACCUUGCAAAUUGGUUGUAUGACAUGCGUCAGCCUGCAGGGAGUGUAGCAGGGAAACAGGGAGUGUGGAAGGAAGGCAGAGAGUGUAGCAGGCAGGCAGGGAGUGUAGCAGGGAAACAGGGAGUGUGAAAGGGAGGCAGAGAGUGUAGCAGGCAGGCAGGGAGUGUAGCAGGCAGGCAGGGAGUGUAGCAGGGAAACAGGGAGUGUGGAAGGGAGGCAGAGAGUGUAGCAGGCAGGCAGGGAGUGUAGCAGGCCUGCAGGGAGUGUAGCAGGGAAACAGGGAGUGUGGAAGGGAGGCAGAGAGUGUAGCAGGCAGGCAGGGAGUGUAGCAGGGAAACAGGGAGUGUGGAAGGGAGGCAGAGAGUGUAGCAGGCCUGCAGGGAGUGUAGCAGGCCUGCAGGGAGUGUAGCAGGGAAACAGGGAGUGUGGAAAGGAGGCAGAGUCCUUAUGGAGGGGGAUUCCCCUUACAAACAAUAAUCAGUCCCCCCCUCUCUCCUCCUCCCUGUCUUCCAUAAGCCAACAAGAGUCUUCAAUAAAGGUAUGUAAUAGUGAUUUAAAUGUUCAUUUAUUUAUUUUAUUUAGUUCUCAUUAUUUUGUGUAUGUAAAACUAUAAUUAAUCUUUAAAAAAUGUAUUUUUUGUUAAUAUUUUUGGGUAUCUGGAAUGGAUUAAUUGUAUUUACAGUAAUUCUUAUGGGAAAUAUUGCUUUGAAUUUAGACCUUUUCGAAUUUAGGCCAACCUUCUGGAAGGGAUUGCAGUCGAUAUUCGGGGCUCCACUGUAAAUUAAAAAGAAAUGGAGAUCAAUAAUUUCCCCUGAAAUUCUUAGUUUGUUUUGAAAUUCCAGUCAGUUUAACACUGACAGAUUUUCGUAACUAAAUUAUGAGCAGAAAAUUUGUAAACCCACAGCUUCCUGAAGCAUCUAUCCCAUGUAUAGUACAUAUUUUUCAGUCAUAUGCAGGUACAUGCCUUCACCUUUUUCCUUACCUGCUUUUAAAAAGCAAGAUGAAGUCGUAGAUAUUUAUUUUAUUUUUCAAUAAUAACAAUAAGAAAGCAACCUGUCCUCAGAUUAGUAUGUUAGUUAUGGUACUCAACCUUCUAUACAGAAGUUGGAUUUCAACUUAUGCAUAAGUCAAACUGAAACAUACUAACUUUACCACAAAACCAAGGAACAUCUGUACUUAUAAUAAAGCCAAUAGCAUUUUACAUAAUUUUUUCUAACAAUUUCUCUUUAACCCUUAAACGGUCCAAAUGUAUAUAUACGUUUUUUCAACAUCUGAAAGUAUGUAAAAAAAUGUAGAUCUUUUUUGUUUUACAUUUGAAAGCAUGUAAAAAACUUUUAUCUACAUUUUUUUUGUUAUAUUUGAAAAUAUGUAAAAAAAAGUAGAUCUACUUUUGGAGCACUACAAAUUUGAACGUCGAUCUGUUUGGACUGUUUAAGGGUUAACUGUUAUUUAGAUAUGCUUAUCUUAGAUUAUCUUUCAUUCAUGAUAAGCAUUUUUGGCAUGUACAGCCAAUGAAACAACAGGCAGUAUGUUGAAAAAUUGCAUUUAUGAUGCUAUAAUCAUAGCCCAUAUGUUUUUUUUAUUUAUGAACUCUUAUAUACGUACAGUGGACCCCCGGUUAACGAUAUUUUUUCAAUCCAGAAGUAUGUUCAGGUGCCAGUACUGACUGAAUUUGUUCCCAUAAGGAAUAUUGUGAAGUAGAUUAGUCCAUUUCAGACCCCCAAACAUACACGUACAAACGCACUUACAUAAAUACACUUACAUAAUUGGUCGCAUUCGGAGGUGAUCGUUAUGCGGGGGUCCACUGUAUAUAAAUAUACAGUAUGCUGAAAUUACUAAGAUUCUUAUAAUGUGUAAAUCAAAAACUAAAUUUAUGAGUCUGAGGAUGGACUGUAAUAUAGAGAGGUCAGAAGGAUGUUAAGAACAAACUUGAGUAAUACUGAGUAUGGGCCAGAUAUUAAAUGAAAGUACAGUGGAACCUCGGUACUUGAACAGCUCCCUACUCGAACAAUUUGGUAUUCAAACGCUUUGUUCGGUAAAAAAAAAAUCACUUCGUAGCUGACCGUUUGCUUGGCACUCAACCAAACAAACAUGACCUGCCAGAUCUACGCUGUAAACUAUUUCGUGUUUCUUCACAUUUUUUGGUGUUUUUUAUAUUAUUUGUGAAGUCACCAUGGGGCCUAAGAAGAUUAGUGAUAACAGCUAACAAAAAAGAAAAUUACUUGGGAAACAUUCAUUUGGUACUCGAACAGAUCGGCACUCGAACAGCCUUCUGGAACAAAUCAAGUUCGAGUACCGAGGUUCCACUGUAUUACAAUUAUAAAUUGAACGAAAAUACAUAUUUGUUCUAGAGUGCCAACACAAGAAGACACUAGGAGGAUUUCUGCCACUUAUGUAUCUGAAUGGUAUACAAUACUUACAAGAUGUAGAAUUAGACACGUGUGCAACAUCUGGGUUUCUUGUUUUUGUGGACUUUUCACCAUUCAGUGGCUUUAUCAAUACAAGGACAUAACAUGAAAACUGUAGAACUAUAUACAAAAGAUGAGGUAAUCAUCUUUUGUAUAUAGUUCUACAGUCUUCACAUUAUGUCCUUGUAUUUGUACUGGUAAAGCCACUGGAUGGUGAAACAUCUACAAAUAAAGAUACCCAGAUGUUGCACACGUGUUCAGUUCUUCACUUAUUUAUCAUUGAGGUUUAGGGAAGAUGAGAAAGAACAGGAUUAAACAUUCAUAUUCCCAUUUUUGAAGAUAGAAUUUGAAAACACUUUUCAGUACUUUUGUCUCAUUAAAUAUUUAGCAUUUGCAUGUAACAUUAUCUUAAGGUUCCUCAAGUGGGUUAUAGCUUUAAUCUUGAGCUAAUCAAAUCCUGAGCUGAUUGAAACAGACUUGUACAUUACUAGAGCUGACCAGACCUGACUACAUUUUAACCCAUUUUGCCACUUAGUGGUUGUACCUGGGAAAUACUGCCAUCUUUUGACCAAUACAUGUAUGUUAAAUGUUCUCAUAUAAACAAUGCCUGCUGGUGCUACCCAGAGCAACUAUGCAGACAUUCAAAUAUUCUAUAUUAUUGUUUUAGAAAUAUAAGAUAUGGAUGCUAAGUUACAUCAUCCAGCUAAUUGAUAUAAUGUUUGGCUUAUAAAAGAUAUAUACUUCACAAAACAGGGAAUAUAUGACUAAUUUAUAAUGUUUAGAUGAAAGUUAAAACUGCAACAACAUUAUGUUUAUGAUCAGGUCAUGUUUUUUUCUGUUUUUUUUUCCUGUGAUUUUUCUAUGUAGAUAACACUGCUGACAGAGAUUAAUGUAAUAGAUUAUAUGAAGUAAAGCUACUCUAGAUAAAAUAAGGAAUUUAUAUAGUGUUGUAUUGUAUUAUAGAAUUAAGUAUGCAUUGGACACCAAGUUGACAAAGACAUCUGGUUGUUGCACAGUUUGAAUAUGAAAGAAAAAGUUUCAGUUGUAUUGUGUGCCCUAUUAUAAUUAUGUGCGCUGUUAUAACUUAAAAGUGCAAACUAAAGCAUAUAUCCUUGUAUUGAAAAAAGUGACCAAAUAAACCUGCUCUCUGCAUUAUACCUUAGCUUCCAGUUGUACCAUACUCAGAUUCCCCCCAAAAUAUGUCGAUGUAUAUAAAAUGUGUGUAUUAUUCAGUGUACAUAACAUCAGUAUAGUUAAUCCUUAUAUUUUUCUAAUACAAAUUGCAUUAGUAUUAUGCAGUACAUAGUUUUCUGCGUUAAAAUUGAAAAUAAAAUUUUUCAAUAAAAUUUUUUUACUUAAGUUAUGGGUUACAUUUAUGUAUAGUAUGUGUAUUAAACUGAUGCUAUACUUUCAGGACAAUUAAUUUUAUUUAGAAUACUUAAGUAACUCAAAUGGGCCAUAAGUCAGUGUACUUUUAUUUCAACAAACCGGCUAUAUCCCACUGAGGCAGGGUGACCUAAACAAGAAAAACAAGUUUCUGUUUUUAAAUUUAAUAAUUUUUAAAGGAGAAGGGGUUUCUAGCCCUGUGCUCUUGGCAUAUUAGUCACCUCUUAUGACGUGCAUGGCUUACGGAAGAAGAAUUCUGUUCCACUUCCCCAUGGAGAACGUUUAUAUCUCCACAAUUAUUAAAUAGAGUAUUUAAUUUUUAGCAUUAUUUUCAAGAGUUUUUUUUUUGUCAGGAAAGGAAACCUUAUGAUUUCUUAUUUGGAGAAAUAUUAUAAUUAAAUAUUUCUUAAGAACAUAACUUCCACAUCAAAAUGAAACUUGUUAUGGAUCAACCUCAAAAUUUAAUAAUGCCAGUUAAAAAGUGUAAUUAACAUUGUUUGGUGACACAGACAAACCCAUAUGGAGACAACAAAACAGUAAAAGGUGACAGACACUUCAAAUUUCUGCCUAAUAGUCAGGCCCUCUUUGGCAAACUAACAAAAAAAUACACAGGAGAUGAGGCUCUUAUAGAAAAUCAAGUGACGUGACUUAAGGGUCGAGCAGGAGUAGGAAACCACCGAGCUAAUGUGGAAAUUAUAAAAUUUCCACAGUAUACUGUGCACUGAAAUUUUCAGUAAAAUUGGACUUUUCCUUUAAGCAGUUAAUUAAUUUUCAGUUUCACAGGUGCUGGUUCCAAAAUCUACAGUAGUCUUUUUAAGUAGAGUAGGUGCUGAUAAAGUUAACUUGGCUGGUCAAGUAUGGGCAGUUGCCAUUAUUCCAUUAUCAAGUUACAUCAGUGAACCUGGCAAGAAUAGAUCUUAUUCUCUGGAAUAAUUACUCAGAUGAAUACUUUUAACAGUUAUGCACUCUGUCGUCAUAGUGAUUAUUAGAUCAGAGUGAGCAUUGGCAUAUGGGAGGCUCGGCAGAUAUAUCAGUAGUUAGCUGGCAUGACUGUAUAUUGUUGGAAUAUACAGUAUUUACUGUAUACUGAAAGAUCAUUGUAAAGACUGCAGUUCACUUAGAAAAUAUUAUUUCUCAUACUUUCUUGUUUUACUUUUAUUAUACAGUACUGCUGUAAGUGGUCAUGACAUUUUCUCACUUACUCAUUUACCUCAAAAACUGAAAAGGCCAGAAUAUACCUUUCUAAGAAGCUAGGUAGAAAAAUUAAGUGGCAGUAAUUAUGACGUUUAUGUGAGAGUUGAGAAUGUAUUUAACAUUACCGAGGUCUGUCUUGUGGGAUUAAAUGUCAGUUUGGCUGAUGUUUAGUAAUAGUACUUUCAUCACUCUCAAGGGCAUAAACUAAAAUAUUUACCAAUAUGAAGUGUAAAUACACAUAUAUAGGACACUUUAGUUGAUUAACUAUUUUAAUAUGGUUCAGUAUCAAGACAGUGAACCAGUCAGAGGACCAGUUCUAUUUACUUUAAUAAUGCAGUGUGUGUGUCUUAAAUUUUACCUGUUGAGUUAGUUAAUGCAGUCUGAUAUUUUUACUUGCACUCAUUGUCAGGUCUAUGAAUUCUUGGGAUUUACACACUCGGAAUGUACAUUGGACGUGAAAGAUACUUGAAGGUUAGGUCCCCAGUCUGCACAUUUUACGAUACAAAGGCAAAAUAUACUUUGGCAAACUUUAACAUUAACUACAUUGCCAUUAUUAACAUUGUGUCUGUCAUACAAUUUGUCAGUACACGUACAUGUAUUCAUUUACCAUUAUUGUUAUAAUCUGUACACUGCCAUAAUACUUACUGGAGGGAGAGAUAUGUAACAAAGGAAUAUAUCCAGGGGAAAGCAGGUGCACCAUACGCAUAAUUUGAAAACACUGUGCUGACAUUGGUGAUCCAAAACUUGCCAGAACUAUGGACAAAAAGCUUUCUCUGCUGCAAGUGCUUGACCAGUCAGGCUGUGAUGACUGUGUGGGCAUGCAGAUCACUAGCAGCAACAAUCUGAUUGACUAGGCAGUCAACAAGGAAGCCUAGUCUCAGGGCAGGGCGCAAGGGUAGAACCUACAAAGCUGGUAACAUAUGUACGUAAAGUACAGUAAUUUGCACAGUAUCAGCAUUCACUAAUAAGCUAACAUCAUUCUUUUAGGUACUGGCUAGCCCAUAAUAAUAAUAAUAAUAAUAAUUAAUAAUAAUAAUCUAUUUCUGCAAGUACAUGUACAAUGUAUACAGACCUAGAUGACAUCAGUGACAUACUAUGUGGAAAGGCCCUAGUUAUGUAGAGCAUUUUGGGCAAAUUAGGUCAAUUUUGUCCCCAGAAUGUGACCCACACCAGUUAGCUAACACCCCAGGUACCUAUCUACUGCUAGGCAAACAGGGACAGCAGGUGUCUUAACCCUUUCAGGGUCCCCAGGCCCUCUCCAAGACUUGUUCUCAGGGUCCCCAAAUUAAAAAAAAAAAAAAUUUCUUGUGAAAAGAUAGAGAAUCUUUUCCCGAUCAUAAUGACACCAAAAGUAUGAAAAUUGAUGAAAAACUUACGGAAUUAUGCUCUUGCAAAUUAGCGGUCUUGACGAUGUUUACACAUCGGUGAUUUUGCCCAAUUUGAGCCCUAUUUUUGGCCAAUUCCAGUGUACUAGUCGACAAAAAUCAUAACUACGUAUUUCGCUAGAACUCCAUUUUUUCUAUUGACUGAGUACAAGAAACCAACCAUUUACCGAUUUCAACUUUCCAAUAAAGUGGUCAGAAUUUAGCAAUUUUGCCAAUUUCACACAAAUUUCAAAAGAUGCCAAUUUCUGAAUAGGGUCCAGAAUAAACAAGAAAGACAUUCCUGGCACUAAAAUAACAAGUUCUCUGUUUGUUAGUCACAUCCCCAGGCCCCUCUUAUAUUUCUUUGGCUUUCCACUUUGAAUUUUUAUUCUUACAAAAAAUAGAAGAUUUACUGUUAUGCAGACUACUGCAUUAGUGUAGAAAUGGUAUAAAUAAUAUCAACGCACUUGUGAAAGAAUAUAGACUCACCAGUUGACGUGUAUUGGACGCUUGGCAUGAUUUGUUUACUUUUGAACUUUGGUAAAAAUCGAACAUUUCUACUACUUUGAGCUCAAUUUCAAGGUACUUUUCAUUGUAAAACCAGUCAAAAUCAUCUCAUUUUCUGUAAUAUGUCUUCCAUUCUAUAAAAUGAGACCAGGAAAACUAGAAUGCAACAAUAAAUGCCAUAGGAAAAUACAGUGCAAAGUUGCUGUUUUAAUCCAAAAACACGGUCAAUUUUUUUUUUUCUCAUUACGCACUGUGUGCUGCAGGAUUUUUUUAUACUGUGCACACUGACCACAUAGACCCAUUCUUUCAUAUGUAGGCCUACCAGCUUUCUCUCACUAAAUUUGAGGGCGCUAGAAUUUAGGCGUACUAGUACGUCAAAAACCCUGGGGCAUAAACCAUACUAGUACAGCCGAAACCCUGAAAGGUUUAAGGAAACACACCCUAAUGUUUCCACCUGUACCGGGGAUCAAACCAACCCGGCUCAUCUUGCAUUAGUGUAUAUAUAUUUUACCAUUUAUCAGUUAUAUUCCUUCUAUGUUAAUGCCAAUCAUUUGUAGUACUUCCUGGUAUUGUCUUUCUCCAUGUCUUUACAAUAAAUAUUGUGUGUGUAUUAAUUUUGUACAAAAUAAUUUGUUAAUCACUUGGCAAAUUCAUAGGAUCUAAUUAUCUAAUAGAAGCUCGGAUGAUAUGCAAAUGAAGUAAAUAUUCACUUAACAUUUAUUAUAUUUUGUUUAUUGAAAACAAUUAUAUAUGCAUCACAUACUGAGCAGUUUACUGAUUAAAAAUUAGCAUUCUGUAGUCGUCAAUUUAUGUGGGAGUUAAUUUAACAUCAAGAGGCUAGUAGGACAACAUGUGGUAGAGACAAAUGGAGGAAAACUGACAGGUGGUGAAAAGGACAAGAACAGUUGCUGAAAGGAACUUUACCAAGACAUUUCACUAGUGAACAGGCACCUCCAGUCAGUGACUGGCAAACUAUUUCACAGUUCCUGUCUGUGGCUGUGCCUUAUCACCUGCUGUAUGUAGUUUAAAUCUUAUCUACUAACGAAGUCCACACUCUUGGACCUGUCCUAUUAAAGCUGCCUAAACAGAAGAUAGUUUUAUACGUAUAAGGUUUCAUUAUUAUAUCCCUGCUGUAUCAGGGUCUGUGCACUGAAAACUUUGUUGUUCAAUAAGUUCUUGGACUCCAUCCAGACAGCCAUUUCAUUUGUACAUCUUUUCACAUACUCUGUUUAUGUGCAUUGGUGUUAUAAUAAUAGUAGUACAUACUGAAUGUCUCUGCUGUUCCCCGUUUAAGUGAUUAUAAAAAGCAUACAAAAGUCACUUCAUUAACUGUCAUCCUAAGUGAUGAAAGUGUUUGAUUGUAACUUUGUAAGGAGAUAAAGGUGCCGUACCAUACUGAAUAUUCAUAUUAUUAAUAUUUUACAGCACCUUGGGAAUGGGAGGUAAUCAAGGUUGAUCCAAGGAAGGUAGAUUCAGUUCUUUGGAUCAAGAUCCAUUCAUCAGCAUUAAGACACCCCCUUGAAGGGUGUCUCUGGUACAGUAACAGUAAAUAAUAAUAAUAAUAUCUUUACUUACUACAAGUACAUGUUCAAGAUAUACAGAUCUAGCUGACUUCAAUGACAGACUACUAUAUAGAAAACCCCUUGUUAUGCUGAUCAUUUCAGGCAAAUUAGGUCAUUUUCAUCCUAGGAUGCAACUCACACCAGUUGACUAACACCCAGGUACCCAUUUUAAACUGAUGGGUGAACAGGGACAGCAGGUGUCUUAUGAAAACACGUCCCUAAUGUUUUCCAGUCGUACCAGAGGAGAUUCGAACUUCAGAUCUCAGUGUGUGAGCUGAGUGCGCUAGCGAUCGAGCUAUGGGAAUAUGGCAAGAUAUAGUAAGAUAAGGUGGUUUAGAAUUAUGAGCAAGAAGCAAUAACAAUGAUGAAAAUGAUCAUGAUAUAAAAAAUGGUAGAAUAUAUAUAUUUUAUAUUGCUUGUGGGAAGUGCUUACCUAAAAUUUAUUUUACUGAAGUGAUAAAAAUAAUAGGAUUUUGAGGAUAAUGUAUUCUGUAUUUUUGCCUCAGAAAGUGACAGGCCUACUACAGUUAUUCCUUACGGCUGUAUGUGAAAAAGCUUGAUUAUGUCGUAAUUUAUACAAUGAGUAAUUUUGCCAUCUACGAAAAUAAUUGUAAGUGUAUUUUAUAAGUAAAAGUUUUAUACAUAUCUUAAGUGUGUAGAACCUGAUGGUAUAUACACAAAGUACUCUUCAGUAUGUGUGAGAGGAGCUGUAGUGUGCAGCGGUAUUUGUGACAAUGACUAGUGUGCGGUAACACUUUCAAAAUUGCUGUUACAUAUAGUAGUCAUUAUUAUUAUAAUACCUUGCAACUCCUCUUUAAAAAAUAUUAUAUCCAAGUAUUGUGCAGUUGUAAUUGUGUAGGUGUUGCAAAUGUAUGAUUUAAUCUAGUAUGUACCUUAGGCAAAUUUCCAAAUUGAUUUUAUACUCGUAUAAUUUGAGAUGUGUUAUGUUGUAUUUUGGGGCAUUUGUUUGUGUUAUUGAUGAGCAGUGCUACAAAACAUAGUGUUAAGGUUAAGCCAACUGUAUUCUGGUUUGCAUAGAUUUUGUUAUAUAAAGCCCCUGGUUGUUUUAGUUAGUGUGUCAGGGUCUAUCAAACUUUCCUCACAUGCUGGGAGAAAACUAUCUUAAGUGAUCCACCUCACAUUACUUUUGAUGCUUCCUUAGGUAUAAAUACUGUACUCACCAGAAUGCAUCGCAUUGCAUAAUGUUUCUCUUACUUUAUUCAAGCUUCUUAGAGAAGCAUUACCCCAAAUGCUGUAGUAUAAUAAGUGUCAAGAGCAGCUUGCUUGGUGAAGAGUGGCCCACUGCCUCCUCAGAGUUCAGAGUCCAUCUCUGAAGAUAACAGCCUUAAGCUUGUCUUUCAUAUCAAGUAUCAUGGCAUUAUCUGGCUCCUGUGUUUGCUGUCCUUCAAACUUUUAACUAUGUACAGUACAAGUAUCUUGUGCUUUAUGCAGUAGAUGCAUUCUAAUACCAUGGCAGCUGUACUAGGCUCACCCAGGCCAUCAACACCGACUUCUGCAUAGUGAGAAUUUUCAGUGCGCAUGUAUAUCGCACAUAGGGAAUUACAAAUAGAAACGAGAUAUCGCAUAAUAGUAACUUUGCAUAAAUUAAACUCAUGUAAAGAGAGAGGAAACUUGUACUGUUAGAUUUUUCAUGUAAUGAUCCUGUGUGUUAUUACCUGCCAGUGUUAACUGGUUAACUGUUUCGUUUCUUGAUAAUGGUUAAUAUUAUAUUGAUGGGGUAAUGCUAAACUGAUAGGGGUCAUGCAGCACCUGGAAAAUAGAAGGUAAUCAGGUUUGAUCUGAGGAAGGGAGAUUAGUUCUAGUACCUGUGCUCAAGAGUUCUUCCUCAGCAUUAAGGUGCCUCCUUGGACCCUCGAAGGUUUAAUUAUACUUAUACUGCAUAUAGGUACUUUGUACACUUAAUUACAAGUAAAUAUAUUUAAUAUUAUGUUGAUUUAUUAUUUUCAGUGAUAAUUUUAGUUGGCAGCCAUUAUUUCUGUACUAAUAAUUUGCUGUGCAAACCUACUCAGAAGACUGUGUGUAAUGAGAGAGAGAGAUAAAUGAGAGGAUUCCAGUUUCCAAAAUGUCAUAUGAUUUUGAAGUUAGUUGCUUCAUACGUAUGCAGUUUGACAAUCUAUCAGGGAUAAAAUAUAUAUUUUGGCACAAAUGUAGUUGAAAAAAUCAUUUUGUUGUAAUGCUGUUUGUUUGAUCUUCCCCAUGAUUUAUUGUCAGUUAAAUCAGGCAAAUAUGGCAAGUGUCAAAUAUUCUCAGUACUCUACAUGUCAUAAAUAUAGGUAAGCCAUUAUAUCUCCAGCUAAAUCUAUUCCUAAAAUUUAGUACCAUAGCUGUCUUUGGUCAUUGUCCGGCAGUCAAACGUUGAUGGUAAUGAAUUUAGUAAUUUUACAAAUAUUUUUGUUCAUGAUGUAAAUGAUUUCUAUUUUUAGGUAGAGUAUAAUUUUCUAAGCAUAGUUCUGCUGGAUAUAUGCCAUAUACCAUAUAUUUAUGCCAUAAAUAGUGAAUGCAGGUAUAUUUUUAUCAUUUAAAUGAAAGAUAAAUGUGAACUCAUUAAAAUUUAUACUGUACUUUUAUAUAAAGUAUAACUUUUUUAGUUAUGUAAUUGGGUUAGCUUAUCUUCAGUUUAAAAUAUUUUUUUAGUAGACAAUGACAUUAUCAUUAAAUGUUAAACUAAAAUUGUUAAGUACUUAAAAAAAAUUAAACAAAAGUUCUCUGUAGCAAAAAUUGAAAUGACAUUGUUAAGAAAAGUACUAAUCAACAUUUUUAAGAGUUCAUUUAAUAUUUUUUAUUUAAUUUAUUGAUAUACAGAUCAGUAUUAAAAUGGUUUAUUUUACAGGCAUUAUUAAGUCUUAUUACUGUAAUUACCAUUGAAAGGUUAAAUACUUGUUUCUGUAAAGUGUAACGUUCUUCAGAGAUGAUAUAUGCCAAAGCAACAGAAGUGUAUGAGUAACAUUAGAAGCUUAUUGCACAUAUGUAAUUUUGUAUUGUAUGCCUUUUUGACUUUUAAAUAAAGUGUGUGUGUAUAUACAGA